AUGCCGGUCAUGGUAGACCCCGAUACGGGCCGCCUGCUCGUCCAGGCCGGUACCGCUUUGCCCCUCGCCACUGACGCUGUGCACUUGGCAGUGGGCAGUCCCUUGUCCACAAUCAGCUCCAGCAUGAACUCGACUACGAUAUCCGACACGAUAUCCGAGGACCAAGUUCAGCUCAGCCGAGCCACCUCUGGCUUCUUCGUCCUCGCUCUCGGCGGUCUACUAUUCGUCGUGAUGAUUCUCGCAUACAAUCGCUUCAUGGCGCGCCUUCUCGCCUCGACGCAGAAGUUUGCUCCGUCACAAGCGCGAGCAAAGAAGUUGGGACUGAGCGGGCAGGGAAGGGUUCUGGGCGGAGGAGACCUGUUGAGCGGCUGGAUAUUGCGGAAAGGAACGCCGCCACCAGUGCACGCUCCUCAAGACCCCUUUGCCGACAUUCCGCUCGGUGCCCCUACUCCAGCUGCGCCGGUCCUCUUCCCUCCGCCACACCUAGUCCCCCUCAUUCACCACCUCCCCUUCGCGCAAACUUUCCAAUACGCUCCCUUCAGCCGCUUCCCGAUCUACCUACGGUCAUCUAUCACUGUCGCCCGUCUAUACCCGGUGUUUUGCUACCUCGCGCUCGUCGGCGUCGCGCUCUGCUGGCACUCGGAUCUCGGACCCGUCAGGUCGGCCGAUGGGGUCGGGCGGGACUUUGCAAGGACAGGGAAUAUGGCGGCAGCGCAGAUCCCGGUCGUGAUCGCUUUGGGCGUCAAAGGCAACAUGGUUGGACUGGCGAUGGGUGUGGGGUAUGAGAAGCUGCAAAUACUGCACAAGCUGGCGGGAAGGUUGAUCUUCAUCUGCUCAACGAUCCAUGUUGGGUACUUCAUGUAUACUUGGUCAAAGGAGGGAACGCUCAGACAAGAGCUAGGGGAGACAGAUAUGCUGCUGGGAUCAUUGGGCUAUUGGGCCCUAGUGUUGCUGGUAGCAAGCUCGGUCCCCGUCGUGAGACGCCUGGCGCAUGGGCUCUUCAAGAUCUGCCAUAUCGUCGGCAUUAUAGGUUUCUUAGCGGGCACAGCCAUGCAUGCUCCCCCUUGUUUGCCAUAUUGUAUCGCCGCCAUCAUCAUUUACGCUAUCUCCAUGAUUCAGACCGCUACCAAGACACGGAUAGCGCACGCCGAACUCCUUACUGUGCCCUCGUCCGGAAUGACAGGCAUCUUCAUCCCCACCCUUCGCACCGGCUGGCGUCCGGGUCAACACGUCCGGAUCCGCAUCCCAGCUAUCGGGAUCAGGCAGGGCUGGGAGUCACAUCCCUUUACCGUCUCGUCUGCUCCGGAUGGAGAAGGCUUGGUCCUGCUUUGCAAGAAGCUAGGGGAUUGGACCACCGCGCUAUACGACCUGGCAGCUGGGGGUGUCCUCUCGCCCGAUGGAGAGGGUCACCAGCGGGAAGUCUCGGUCAUCAUUGACGGUCCAUACGGCGGUAUCGGAAACACCAUGCUCGCUUCCUUCUCCUCAGUCCUGCUCACCGCUGGCGGAGCCGGUAUCUCGCACGCCCUCUCGGUCGCCCAUGACCUCAUGAAGAAGGCGCCAUCGGGUUGUGUCCGAGCUAGGACGAUCGAUCUAGUAUGGAUCGUCCGAAGCGAGGAGACCGCACGAGGGGUCCUUCCCACCCUCCUUGACCUCGUCAAUGACGCCAAGGCCCACGAGACCUUCUGCAUAGAAGGUCAGCGGAAGGGCCGUAUCGUCCCCCAGCCCACCGGUCUCCGCAUCCACAUCUUUGUCUCCCGCUGUCCGAUCAGCUCUCCCCUCACCCUCCUCUCCAACCCCUUUGCGGAUCCCUCAAUCUCGCCCCAAUACUCGGUGCCCAUCUUCGACAAUGCCGAUCUCGCCAAAGAUCCCAAAUCGCGAUCGCGGCCCGGCUUGGCCCGUCAACCUACGGAAUCGGAGAAAAUCAUGCAGACCUACGUUCUCCGGUCUGCAUCAUCCGCAUCUACCGCGACAUGCUCCACCCUCGGCUCCAUCGCAUCCAUCAGGCGCACUAGCCCGGUCUCGUGCAUCAACGCCAAUCCCGGUCGGCCAAAUUGGGAAGUCCUGCUGGAUGGUCUGGCGGAGGAGACGAUAAGGAGAGCGAUGAAGGCCAAGCACGAGGCGAGUGGGAUCUGCGUGACGAGUUGCGGGCCGCAUGGGCUGGUCGAUGGCGUGAGGGACGCAGUAAGAGGGAUGAAGGGGUGGAAGAGGAGACAGGUCGGAGGAGUGGAAUUUGAGGAGGAGCACUUUGCUUUCUGA